AUGAGCUCCUUUCAGAGCUUAGACAUAAUUGAGCGUCGAGUGCUGGUUAUUUAUACUGGCGGAACUAUUGGCAUGGUAAAGAAUAACAUGGGUGUACUGGUACCACAGAAAGGUGCUUUUGAGAAUUUGAUUCGUACAUAUCCACAAUUGCACGACAGUGCGUUAUGGAAACAAAAGCUAAGCGAAUGCGGUUUCGACACUUCGUUUCUAGUAUUGCCAGAUGCCAAAGACUUAGCCCUAAAGAUAGUCUACAAAAUAAUAGAGUACGAAGAUCUAAUGGACUCUUCGAAUAUGACAGAGGCGGAGUGGAUUAAAAUUGCAGAGGAUAUAAUGAAACAUUACUCGCAGUACGACGGGUUUGUGGUGCUUCAAGGAACCGACACGCUCUCGUACACGGCUUCAGCUCUUUCCUUCAUGUUCGAGAACAUUGGGAAAUGCGUCGUCAUAACUGGAUCUCAGAUACCGAUAUUCGAGCCGCGAAGCGACGGCGCUGACAAUUUUGUGUCGUCCCUCAUGAUCGCUGGCAGCUUGAACAUACCUGAGGUCACUAUAUUCUUCGGGAGUAAGCUGUUUAGGGGUAACAGGACCCGCAAGAUAUCCGUGAACAAUUUCUUCGCUUUCGACUCGCCGAACUGCGUGCCUCUGGUCGAGGUGGGCAUCGAGUUCCAGGUGAAUAAGAAGGUCAUCUUCAAGCCGACAGUCAUCGAGAGGUUCCAGCUGCACGCCAAGAUGUCGAAGAACGUGGGCCUACUGAGGAUAUUCCCCAGCAUCAGCGCCUCCGUCAUCAGGGCUUUCUGCCAGCCCCCUAUUGAAGGAGUAGUUCUGGAGAGUUACGGCUCCGGGAACAUACCGUCCAAUAGGCAGGACAUUUUGGAGGAGGUAAGGGCGGCGGUGGGGCGCGGCGUAAUCUUCGUCAAUAUCACGCAGUGCAAUACAGGCUCUGUCACCUCCCUCUACGAGACCGGGCGGCUGAUUGCCGAGUGCGGCGUUGUGUCCGGCUUCGACAUGACGCCCGAAGCGGCGCUUACCAAGCUCUCGUACGUCUUGUCCAAGACCGAGCUCACUUACCAACAGAAGACCGAGAUGAUGGCGACUAAUAUAAGGGGCGAGUUGACCAGCGUAUCCACAGUAGCUUUUGAGGACAACACUUUGAUUGACGCAAUCGCGAGUAGUCUGAAUAUCCAGAGCCCAAAGAAGUUGGUAGAAGUGACAGAGAAGGUGUUCAGCGCCCUCCUUAUGUACGCGAUAGAGAAGGACGACUUACGCGGCGUUAAGAAGAUGCUGGAUAUGGGCGCGGACGUGAACGCGCAGGACUCUGACGGAAGGAGUGCGUUGCACGAAGCAGUCUUGAAAGGAAACAUCACCAUAAUAGAGUACCUCCUGAAGAGUGGCGCAAGCGUCCAUUUGAAGACUAGGUGCGGCGAGUCACCGCUGCUGACGGCCGUGAGGAGGGACGACGCGUCCGCUAUCGAGCUGCUGCUCCAGUGCGGCGCCCACCUCACGACCGCCGACCACAAGUCGGCCGCCGUGCUGAUGGCGACCGCGGCGAGGGGCGGCGACGUGAGGAAGCUCGAGGCGCUCCGGCUGGCCGGCGCAGAUCUCAACUCCAGCGACGAGCUGCACCAGACGCCGCUGCACCAGGCGGUACUCUGCAAUCAAGAGGUCGUCGUGAACUACUUGAUCCAGAAUCAAGUCAAAAGGGAAGAAGCCGACCGCGCGGGCUACACGCCACUGCAGUACGCGCAGAAACUAGGAUACUCCGAAAUUGCGGACCGUCUAACUAUU